CUUGCCUGGAAACCCCGUAGCCUCGCACCGUGUUGCCGUUGGCCGGAGAGAGUGAGAGAAGCUGUGUGGAGAGAUUGAUAGGACUCCGGAGCCAUGAACAACCAAGGCGCGGACGAGAUCGGGAAACUCUUUGUUGGGGGCCUUGACUGGAGUACAACACAGGAAACACUGCGUAGUUAUUUUUCCAAAUAUGGGGAAGUUGUUGACUGCGUAAUAAUGAAAGAUAAAACCACAAAUCAGUCAAGAGGCUUUGGAUUUGUAAAAUUUAAUGAUCCAGAUUGUGUUGAUAAAGUCCUUGCCAGCAAGCCUCACUCACUGGAUGGACGUAAUAUUGAUCCAAAGCCAUGUACCCCUCGAGGAAUGCAGCCUGAAAGAACUCGUCUAAGAGAAGGCUGGCAGCAGAAGGGAACCAGGACCGAAAACAAUAAAUCAACUAAAAUAUUUGUUGGUGGAAUUCCGCACAAUUGUGGAGAAACGGAGCUAAAGGAAUACUUCAACCAAUUUGGAACAGUGACUGAAGUAGUAAUGAUUUAUGAUGCAGAGAAACAGAGGCCAAGAGGUUUUGGAUUUAUAACUUUCGAGGACGAACAAUCAGUGGACCAGGCUGUCAACAUGCAUUUUCACGACAUCAUGGGCAAAAAAGUUGAAGUUAAACGGGCAGAACCUCGUGACAGCAAAAGCCAAACUCUAGGUUCAGGAUCCAAUCAAUGGGCAGGUAGAUCUAUGCAGACCACAGCCAAUGGAUGGACGGGGCAGCAACCACCAACCUGGCAGCAGAGUUACAGUCCACAAGGUAUGUGGAUGCCAGGUCAGACAAUAGUCUUCUCCACAGGCGGGUACGGGUCACCUGCAGGCCGGGGUGCUCCUCCUCCUCCACCUCCUUCUUUUACUUCCUUCCUAGUGUCACCAUCUCCAGGAGGAUUUCCACCUACACAGGGCUUCACUACAGGAUAUGCAACACCACCUCCCUAUGGCUAUGGUUAUGGCCCAGCCCCACCUGAACAGUUUGUCACUUCAGCAGUACCACCACCACCUGCUACCCCUGGAGCAGCACCACUGGCAUUCCCUCCACCUCCCCCAGGACAACAAGCUCAGGAUCUGGGAAAGACUCCAAGUGGUCAGCCAGACUUUCCCUUUAGCCAGUUUGGUUAUGGGCAGGACAUGAGUGGGUAUGGACAGAGUUUCUCUGACCUCAGCCAGCAGCCCCCCUCUUACACGCCUGGACCCUCUGCACCAGCAUCUGGAGGCCUGUCUACUGGGGGGAGUGGCUUGGGACGAGGGCAGAAUCAUAAUGUGCAAGGAUUCCAUCCCUACAGGCGCUAACAUCAGGGAAAUGUGUCCACAGUGGAGAUGAGCUGACACAUCCACCUCUGAACUUGUGACAAUCACUUGGUGAAGACACAUCCUACUAAAGACUUGUGUGGGCUCUAGGUUUGGAAGGAGAAGCUGUGGGUGUUUGGACUACAGUUUUUAAAUCUCUUUGACCCAUCAGCACAAAUAAAGCCAAUGAGUCACUUGUUCCAAACAGGGUUUGAAAACAUCUGCAGCUUUAAAUGAACUCUUCAGGUUUAUUAGGUUUUUUUUUUUGUUUGUUUUGUUUUUUUCCUCCAUAUUUUUAGUUGUUUUUUUUUUUUUUUCCUUUUUUGGGGGGAGGGGGGAAUUUUCUGAGCCUUUGUUUUAUCAUAUAUUGUAAACUUUUAUGUUUAAAGAUAAAAUAUAUACAUUUACAGAUUGUGAAUUUUUAAAAAAGAGAAUUUUCUACUAUGAAUGCAAGUUUAUUUUUUAAUUUAAUUGCAAUGUUUCCAGUGACACUGGAGUUCAGAUGAUUUUAACUCCUUGCCUCCUUUUUUUUUUUUUUUUUCUUUUUUCUUUUUUUUUUCUUCUCCUUGGGGGGGAUGGGUUGGGGUGCAGACAGUCAGCAUCUCGGAGUUACCCACUGACUUCCUACUGAGUGUAGUUUUUUAUUUUGUUACUUGAUAUGGCUUAGAGUGCAGGGAGAGCCACUUGCUCCGAGGUCAAAGACUUGGUUUGUGCCCUACGCCUGUCACAUCCUGUUUGCAAAAUUUUCAUGGUCAUGGAGCCAUCUCUAGAUAUAGAUUCCCUCAGGCUGAAGGUAUGCAGUGCAUUUUGCACUAAUUGAUAAAUACCUCCUGGUUUGAAUAAAGAAAGGAAUCCUUUUGGAUUAUAA